AUGUCGUUUACGUUGUCGAAGCAUUCAUUUGAGAUUGGAAUUUAAGAAGGCUUGUCAAAACAAUAUGUUGGAUUGAAGAAAUGACGCGGCUAUUAGUGGAUUAUAGAAUAGCAGCAUUUCUGCUUGGAGUUAAAUAGCCAGGCAUCUACUGUAACGUGGCAUGUCUAAUUUAUAAAAAAAAAACAUUUUCGUACAAUUUAUGUUACAAAAAUACGAAAAUAACGUUAUUUUAGAACUGAAAAGCUAUUUCAAGGAAACAAUAAAUUAAAGUGGACUGUUACUGUUAUUUUGGGGGAACUGAAUUGGACACUUAUUUUUCAUUGGACUAUCGUUUGGAAUUAAAACACAUAUUGAAGCAAUCGAACUUAUUGUAAAAUAGUUGUAUUAAAAAUGUUGUUUUUUAAGAUUAAAAAUAAUAAUAAAAUUAUGUGAAAACAUCAAACAACGAGAACAAAGGAAAAGUGUUUGUUGAAAUAAACUCAUUAAUCCAGUCAAUUGUUUUACAAGGGGCGACUUAAAAACUCAACAAACAUAGUUUUUUUCUUACUUAGUGUAAAUAUUGCCUAGCUUCGUCUAUAUAACGAAACUAAUGAACAAACAAACGGUUUGUCAUACAUCAAAAUAUAUAUACAAAACAUUUCGAAAACUAAAUUAAAUAAUACACAUUGCAAAUAUGGAUAAUAUUUGAACUUCAGUGUUCCGUGCAAAAAACUAUUUCUAAAUAAAAUGUUUACAACAAGAACUUAAAGCUGCAAAACGGACUUAAAUGAAUAGCAGGAAAACUUCAGUUUUGUUUACAAAGAAAAUAUACAUGGAUUAUAUGCAGCAAUAUUAUAUGAUCGACUCAAACAUACAUUUACCUUCAGCGGAUCAAGGAAACCAAACAAUCAAUUUAUAAUGAAUGCUAAAGAUAUCAAAGCUGUGAAAUAUUCAAACACUGUUUGAAACAAUAGAUUAUUUCUCACAAAAUUAUUAUGAGGCAAGACCUUUGUGAAGAAAACAAAUUGAGCACGUUAAAUUAAUAUUGUUUAAACAAUUUAAAACUCAAAAUAUUGUUUUAUCAACAAAGGAAUUUAUCAGUUUACUUUGGUGAGCGUAGAAAAUUAAAUGGUAUCUUCAAGCUUUUUUUGAAAAAAAAAACUCUCUCCAAAAAAUGGUUUAACGAUGUAUUAGUACAUUUAAAGCGUGAAAUUUCUAGUGUAAAGGUUACAAAAAAUCUAAAGAAAGUGGUUGACAAUAUGUGACCUUCUUUAAUUUUUUUACUGUCUCAUAAAUUCGAGAAAACAGCUCUAGUCUUUGAAAAAUAAUCCCAAAUGCAAUUAAUGAUCUGACUUUCAAUUACACGAAAGCAAUAAAAUACACGGCAAUUCGUUUUUCCACAAGGCAACAAAACAAAAUUGAACAUUAAUCUUAACAAAAUAUUUGUUGAGAAAACUGAACUUUUCAUUUCUCUGGUGAAAGAAUAACCAAAAACAGAAAUCAUCAAACGAUCUAUCUGGGUUAAAGUGAGUAUGUGAAGUCUUCCGUAAUUAACGUGGCUAUUUGCGAAGGAAAAGAUAAAAAAGAAAACAGAUAUUGGACUGUAGAUUCGAGGAAGACGUUGUAAUAAGAUUUUAUUCUGCCAGAUUUGUUUUAAUUUGUGAUUUUAUCUCCGUCAGAUGAGUAUAAUUGGCGGAAUAAAACGGCGUCUUUGAUUUCUGAAAAUACAAAAUACGGUGAUCUCUAUCCUCAAUGGAAAUACGUUUAACGAUGGAAAUGAUUUGGAUGUUUAAAAUGCUGAAAGACAGUUUUAGUGUUUAAAUAGCUUAUUAGGUCUAGAUGGUUGACUUGCCUAGAUUUGUUUUGAAUCAGAAUUAACGUAGAGUUUCUCUGUUAUUGACAAUAGUUUUCAAGAUGGAGAAUAAUACAUCCAUUACGGAGAUAGACUCAGAUGUUCGCCAACCAUGGUACAUGGUUUUCAGCACUUGUAGUAUGAUUAUCAUGGCAGUGAUAACCAUUGCUGGAAAUGUGUUUGUGAUCGUUUCCGUUUUCACAAACAAACCAUUACGAACUGUGCCAAACUUUUUCAUAGUCUCAUUAGCUAUGGCUGAUUUUUUCGUCGCAGUGUUUGUUAUGCCAUUUCAUAUUUCCAACAAUAUUGCAGGAUUUUGGAUAUACGGGGAAAUAAUGUGCAAAAUCUGGCUUACAAGCGAUGUUUUUCUUUGUACUGCUUCCAUUUUAAAUCUGUGCAUAAUUGCCCUUGAUCGUUAUUGGGCAAUUCACGAUCCAAUAACAUAUGCCCAGAAAAGAACAAUCAAGCGCGUCCUGAUUAUGAUAUGUAUCUCAUGGACUCUCAGCGGAAUGAUUUCAAUACCACCAGUGUUCGGAUGGGGAGAUUCUGGUACGUACCGUUUGUAUGAUGACACUACGAAAUCUUGCAAACUUUCUGAUGAUAAAGGUUAUGUAUUGUACUCUGCUUGUGGGUCUUUCUAUAUCCCGCUAUUAGUUAUGUCAUUCGUUUACUUUAAAAUCUUCCUUGCAACCAAAAAGCGUUUACGACAGCGGACGGAAGCAGCUAGGACGAAAAUGGCACUUUUAAAAACUACGAAAAGUGUGACAUCUCGCAGCCAGAGAAGUCAUAGCGACAGCACAAACGAUGAGGCAAAUGAAGCAACCAAUUUAAAUGAAAUAUGUGUAAAUAAUUCAGAAACACUUAACAAUGGAUCAUUUAAAUCGUGUCAAACAUCUGACAAAAAUGGUACGAAUGCUACGGACCAAAAUGGAAGUGUAUCAGAUAGUAGUCAGAAAAAUAUAUCCAGAAAACGAAAAGACUCUAAAAAAGCUUUGAAGGACAAAGCGCGAAGUGCACGCUCGCGACAAUCCAUGCAUGCGUUCUUUGAAGAAAAGCAACGAAUUUCUUUGUCAAAGGAACGGAAGGCAGCACGAACUCUAGCAAUAAUAAUGAUUACAUUUGUUCUGUGCUGGAUUCCAUUUUUCUUGCUAUACCUUAUAUUGCCGUUUUGUAGCAGCUGCAGCCAUCCUGGAGAAUUCGUAGAAGUUCUUUUUGUAUGGCUCGGAUACGUUAACUCCAUGCUAAACCCGGUCAUUUAUACAGUAUUUAAUAUGGAAUUUAGAAAGGCGUUUAACGAUUUCGUAUCCAAGUGUUGUGGAAAACAAUCAAGAAAUCAGUUCAUGUCAAGAACAUACGUUUAAAAAUCGCGGAACUGGUAUAUUUAAGUAGAACUAAAGAAAAAGUGUUUUUGACGAAUUCGUAGAGUGUUCUUGGUUGUAAAGUUAAUGUAAAGUUAAUUUAA